AUGGAUUUACAAAAUCAAGCUGACGGAGUUCUUAUAGUUCUUGAUGAUGUGGAUACGAUAGACCAACUAGAUGCAAUACUUGGAACACGAGAUUUGCUUUUUCAAGGUAGUAAAAUCAUCAUAACCACUAGACAUGAGCCGUUGCUAAGGGCUUAUGAAGUUUGCCACAUUCACAAGGUUGGAAAUUUGGAUUACAAUGAGUCCUUAGAGCUCUUUAGUUGGCAUGCCUUUGGGCAAAACCGUCCCAUUGAUGGUUUCAUAGAGGUCUCAGAAUGGGUGAUACAAUACUGUGGAGGGCUUCCAUUAGCUAUAAAAUUUUUUGGUUCUUCUCUAUUAGGGAAAAGCUUAAAUGUCUGGAAAAUUCAAUUGGAGAAAUUGAAAGCGAUUCCUGAUUAUCAAGUCAUUGAAAAACUCAAAAUAAGCAAUGACUCUUUGCAAGAUGACCACGACAAAAAUUUAUUCCUCUAUGUUACUUGUUUCUUUGUUGGGACGGAUGAAGAUUGGGUAGUUACAAUUCUAGAUGGAUGUGAUUUUUACACAAUGAUUGGGAUUCAAAAUCUCAUUGAUAGAUGUCUAUUAAUGAUUGAUAAACACAAAAAUUUGGUGAUGCAUCAAUUUGUUCAAGAAAUGGGAAAAGAAAUUGUUCAUCAAGAAUUACCUAAGGAGCUAGGAGAACAUAGUAGACUCUGA